GACGGAAGAAACGGGUUGGGGAGCAGGAGGUGCAAGUAGCCAACCAUAGAACCGAAGGAAAAGGGGUUGAAAACCCUUCUCAAAAGCCUUCUUCUCUUCUCUCGUCUCUUUCUCUCACUAAAAACCUCUCUUUCUCUCUCUACAUUUCUACCUAUUUUUCUGGAUUGAUUCUUAUAUAGAAAUAGUUUACCUCAUUCUUUUGAUGAAUUCCAUCAUGGAUCUACCAAUUCUGCUUCUCUCACUCUCAAUUUUCUCUCUCUAAGAUCUCCAUGAAUUUACUUCACCUGAUUGCAAUUCAUCGAUUGUUUGAGUUUGGAUUUGGAUUUGGAUUCGGAUUCGGUUGUGUAGAGAGAGAAUGAAGAUUCCUUGUUGUUCGGUGUGUCAGACUCGAUACAACGAGGAAGAGAGGUGUCCUCUGCUGCUUCAAUGCGGCCAUGGCUUCUGCAAGGAGUGUCUGUCCCGGAUGUUCUCGGAUUCCUCGGACACGACUCUCUCGUGCCCUAGGUGUCGACACGUCUCCGUCGUCGGCAACUCCGUGCAAGCUCUCCGCAAGAACUAUGCAAUUCUCGCUUUAAUCCACUCUUCGUUGAACUCUUCCUCGGCUUUUGACUGCGAUUUUACUGAUGAAGAUGAGGAGAACGACGAGGAUGAGCUUGAAGAUGACGAUGACGAGUCGAGGAGGAGGCGGAGGUGCAGCCGCCAGUCUCACACUUCGAGUUCCGGGUGCGGUGGUGGCGGCGGUGCGGUUAUUGAGCUCGCUUCGCACCAGGACUUGAGAUUGAUUCGGCUGAUUGGGGAGGAAAGGAAGGCUGGGGUGGAAACGUGGUCCGCUGUGCUUUCGGGUGGGCCAGGGCGGUGUCGCCACCGAGUGGCGGUGAAGAAGAUUGUGAUCAGGGACGACGAUGCGGAUUUGGUUUGGGUGCAGAAUCAACUUGAGAAUUUGCGGCGGGCGUCGAUGUGGUGCCGGAAUGUAUGCACUUUCCAUGGAGCUACAAGGACAGAGGAUUGUCUGUCCCUUAUAAUGGAUAAGUGUAGCGGGUCUGUCCACACGGAGAUGCAGCGAAAUGAAGGGCGACUCACUCUUGAGCAAAUUCUCAGAUAUGGGGCAGACAUUGCUCGGGGGGUAGCUGAACUCCAUGCAGCUGGUGUUGUUUGUAUGAACCUAAAACCAUCCAAUCUUCUCUUGGAUGCAAAUGGUCAUGCUGUGGUUUCUGAUUAUGGACUUCCAUUAAUUUUAAAGAAAACUGCCUGCCGAAAAGCACGGUUGGAGUGUGAUUCGUCAAGGCUUCAUUCAUGCAUGGAUUGUACAAUGCUCAGUCCGAACUACACAGCUCCAGAGGCGUGGGAACCAGUGAAGAAAUCACUGAAUCUUUUCUGGGAUGAUGCCAUUGGCAUAUCUGCGGAGUCUGACGCCUGGAGCUUUGGCUGUACACUGGUGGAAAUGUGCACUGGCUCUAUCCCAUGGGCUGGCUUAAGUUCAGAGGAAAUCUAUCGAGCUGUUGUCAAGGGUCGAAGACAACCUCCACAAUAUGCAAGUGUAGUAGGUGUUGGUAUACCAGGGGAAUUGUGGAAGAUGAUUGGUGAGUGCCUACAGUUCAAGGCGUCUAAAAGACCAACUUUUAGUUCGAUGUUAGCAAUAUUCCUUCGCCACUUGCAAGGAAUACCUCGGAGCCCUACUGCAAGCCCUGAUAAUGAAUUUGCCAAUUGCUCCGGGGCAAGUGUGACAAAGCCAUCUCCUUCAUCUAAUUUGGAGGUUUUCCAGGAUAAUCCAAAACUGCUACAUGGCCUUGUAUCUGAAGCCAAUGUGGAUGGCGUUAGGGAGUUGCUUGUAAAGGCUGCAUCAGGAAACAAUGGCAGCUUACUAUGCUCACUCUUAGAAGCACAGAAUGCUGAUGGCCAGACUGCCCUCCACCUGGCUUGUAGACGGGGUAGCGUGGAACUUGUUGAGGUCAUUUUGGAGUACAAAGAGGCAAAUGUGGAUGUUUUAGACAAAGACGGGGAUCCUCCUCUUGUGUUUGCUUUGGCAGCUGGAUCUCCAGAGUGUGUUCGUGCUCUUAUCAAAAGACGUGCUAAUGUCAGGUCUAGGUUGAGGGAAGGCUUUGGUCCAUCUGUUGCUCAUGUCUGUGCGUACCAUGGCCAACCAGAUUGCAUGCGUGAGUUACUGUUGGCUGGAGCUGAUCCAAAUGCAGUGGAUGAUGAAGGUGAAUCUGUCCUACAUAGAGCUGUUACCAAGAAAUAUACUGACUGUGCUCUUGUCAUAUUGGAACACGGGGGAUGUAAAUCGAUGGCUAUCUUAAAUUCCAAAAAUUUGACACCUCUGCACAAGUGCGUAGAAACAUGGAAUUUGACUGUGGUCAGAAGAUGGGUGGAACUUGCAUCCAUAAAAGAGAUUGCUGAUGCUAUUGAUAUACCAAGUCCGGUUGGCACUGCAUUGUGUAUGGCAGCUCCCUUAAAGAAAGAUCAUGAAGUUGAGGGCAGAGAACUGGUACGAUUGCUCCUUGCUGCUGGAGCAGAUCCAACUGCCCAAGAUACCCAACAUGGGCGAACAGCUCUGCAUACGGCUGCUAUGGUUAAUGAUGUUGAGUUAGUCAAGAUUAUUCUCGAUUCUGGAGUUGAUGUGAAUAUUAGGAAUGUGCACAAUACCAUACCUCUUCAUGUAGCAUUGGCCAGAGGUGCAAAAUCAUGUGUUGGAUUGCUAUUAUCUGCUGGUGCAAAUUGUAAUUUACAGGUCAUGAACGAUACAUCAAAAUGCGAGGAUGAUGAAGGUGACACUGCUUUCCAUAUAGCAGCUGAUUCAGCAAAGAUGAUACGUGAAAAUCUUGAAUGGAUUGUUGUUAUGCUUAGGUAUCCGGAUGCUGCUGUUGAAGUUAGGAAUCACAGUGGUAAGACAUUAGGUGAUUUUCUGGAGGCCCUUCCACGGGAAUGGAUUUCUGAAGAUUUGAUGGAGGCACUCAUGAAUAAGGGAGUUCAUUUGUCACCUACAGUUUAUCAAGUUGGGGACUGGGUGAAAUUUAAAAAAAGUGUGACAACUCCCACUUAUGGAUGGCAAGAUGCAAAACAUAAGAGUGUUGGUUUCGUGCAAAGUGUCCCUGACAAGGACUAUUUGAUUGUGUCGUUUUGUUCUGGAGAAGCUCGCGUUCUUGCAAAUGAAGUUGUAAAAGUUAUUCCGUUGGACAGGGGACAGCAUGUGCAACUUAGAGCGGAUGUCAAAGAGCCGAGGUUUGGUUGGCGUGGUCAAUCGCGUGAUAGCAUUGGAACUGUUCUAUGUGUUGAUGAUGAUGGGAUUCUACGGGUUGGCUUUCCUGGAGCAUCCAGAGGAUGGAAAGCUGAUCCUGCUGAAAUGGAGAGGGUGGAAGAAUUCAAGGUUGGGGACUGGGUUCGUAUUCGGCCCACUCUUACCAUGGCCAAGCAUGGAUUAGGAUCUGUAACACCUGGCAGCAUUGGUAUAGUGUACUGUAUUAGACCAGAUAAUAGUCUGUUGUUAGAAUUGAGUUACCUUCCAAAUCCUUGGCAUUGUGAACCUGAGGAGGUUGAGCCUGUUGUCCCAUUCAGGAUUGGUGAUCGGGUAUGUGUGAAGCGCUCGGUUGCAGAGCCCAGAUAUGCUUGGGGUGGUGAGACCCAUCAUAGUGUUGGAAGAAUAAGUGAGAUAGAGAGUGAUGGUCUCCUGAUAAUUGAAAUCCCAAAUCGCCCAAUACCAUGGCAAGCUGAUCCUUCUGACAUGGAAAAGGUGGAGGAUUUCAAGGUUGGGGAUUGGGUUAAAGUAAAACCUUCAGUCUCUUCUCCAAAAUAUGGAUGGGAGGAUAUCACAAGGAACAGUAUUGGAAUAAUUCAUAGUUUGGAAGAAGAUGGUGAUAUGGGGGUUGCCUUUUGCUUCAGGAGCAAGCCUUUUUGUUGUUCAGUAACAGACAUGGAGAAGGUGCCUCCUUUUGAAGUGGGACAAGAAAUUCAUGUGAUGCCAUCGAUAGUUCAGCCACGGCUUGGAUGGUCUAAUGAAACUCCUGCUUCUGUUGGAAAAAUUGUGAGAAUUGACAUGGAUGGGGCUCUAAAUGUUAGAGUUGUUGGUAGACUUGGCUUGUGGAAAGUUUCUCCUGGAGAUGCUGAAAGGCUUUCAGGUUUUGAAGUAGGUGAUUGGGUACGCUCCAAACCAAGCCUGGGGAACAGACCAAGUUAUGAUUGGAACAGUAUUGGGAAAGAAAGUCUAGCAGUUGUGCAUAGUGUACAAGAUAGUGGUUAUAUAGAAUUGGCAUGCUGUUUCCGUAAAGGGAAGUUGGUCACUCCUUACACAGAUGUUGAAAAGGUUCCAAGCUUCAAAAUAGGGCAGCAUGUUCGAUUUCGAGUUGGACUAGUUGAGCCAAGGUGGGGCUGGAGAGGGGCCAAGCCUGAUUCACGAGGUGUUUUAACCAGUGUUAAUGCUGAUGGAGAAGUGAGGGUGGCCUUCUUCGGUUUGCCGGGUUUGUGGCGAGGAGAUCCUGCAGAUCUGGAGACAGAGCAGAUGUUUGAAGUUGGAGAAUGGGUCAGAAUGAAAAACAAUGCAAAUAAUUGGAAAUCUAUUGAGCCUGGUAGCAUUGGAGUUGUACAAGGGAUUGUAUACGAUGGAGAUGAAUGGUGUGGAAAUAUCCUUGUUGGGUUUUGCGGGGAACAAGAAGGAUGGGUGGGGCCUACUUCCCAUCUUGAAAGAGUGGACAGGCUUAUAAUUGGCCAUAGGGUUAGGGUUAAAAGAUGCGUGAAGCAGCCACGGUUUGGGUGGUCGGGUCACAGCCAUGCUAGUGUUGGGACCAUAUCAGCAAUUGAUGCAGAUGGAAAACUGAGAAUGCAUACACCAGUUGGCUCAAAGGCUUGGAUGCUAGAUCCAUCUGAAGUGGAUCUGGUGAAGGAAGAAGAACUCUGCAUUGGAGACUGGGUUAGGGUUAGGGCAUUAGUUUCGACCCCAACUCACCAGUGGGGAGAUGUGAGUCACUUGAGCAUUGGGGUGGUGCACCGUAUAGAAGAUGGGGACCUCUGGGUGGCAUUCUGCUUCUUGGACAGACUGUGGCUUUGUAAGGCAGGGGAAAUGGAAAGAAUCAGGCCAUUUAAAGUUGGGGAUAUGGUGAGGAUAAGAGAGGGGUUGGUGAGCCCACGGUGGGGAUGGGGUAUGGAGACGCAUGCAAGCAAAGGUCAGGUGGUUGGUGUAGAUGCAAACGGGAAGUUGCGGAUUAAAUUUCAGUGGAGAGAGGGAAGGCCAUGGCUUGGAGAUCCUGCUGAUAUUGCUCUCGACGAGGGUUCAUCUGGUACGACAGAUACUUCACGAUAACAACACCCCUUCACAAAAUUUUCCUUUUCAGUUUGCUCCACAGCCUAUGUAGGCUUUGGCCCCUCAGCGCGUUGGAGAGGUGGGUGAGAAGCUGCUGCUGCUGCUGCGCUGGUCGAUCAAAUUUGCUGGACGCUAUACCAUUUUUUGCAGUGUACACAAAUGACAGGAUAUAUAUUUACUGUCAAUAAACACAAUGAGCACAGAGAGAUGGGAAGAGUGACGCAAAGGGGUGGGUUAGAACUGGGACUGUGUUACUAACGGUGACGAAUUACAAGCAGCCAUGAGAAAAUGAUAGAUGUAGGCCAUUUAUUAUUUCACUGAUUAUGUUGUUAGCUGAGGUGAGUUUUUCAGUAUAUAAUAUGUGACUGCUAUUUAUUUUGUAUAAAUUGUACCUCAUGAUUUUGUGAGUUGAUCGACUCUUUUUCA